CUGAGUUUCAGUCCAACCUACGGCUGGUACCGGUGGACACCGACUAGUCUACAGCAGGGAGAGAAACCAAAGUCGGGACACUUUGAUUUGUGUAGUCGCUCAGAAGAGCCGCCACCUGGUUGAUAACCAGCCGAGCCCCCCCCCCCCCCUCUGCUAGCGUAGUACGCGGCGAAUACUUUGAAGUACAAGUCGUCUUUGUAGUUGUAGCGUUAAUGUAGUUCCAAACCAGAGAAUUAUAUAAAAAGCGUUUUUAUUUAAAUCAAAAUGCAGUCCUGACAUUGACUGCAUGCUUCGCGAGGUGGAAGUUUAUUUUCAGUUCAACGAUUCGUGCCAAGAUGGACAGCAACAGUCCUUAGGACACGGGCCGGGAUGGGGAAAUGGGAGCUAACUAUGAAUCCGGUGCAGGAGUGGGGUGAGGAGUUUGAGGACGGCGCGGUUUAUGGCGUCACUCUGCGACGGGAGCCCGUCCCCUCCCCCCCCGACGCCAGCGAGGACAGCCCGUGCUGCGCCUUCAUGCAGUACCGAACCUGCAAGGUGCGGCGUCUGAAGGCAGCGUCCCUGGACCUCCUGGUGAAGCAGCUGCUGGACCCGGGCUGCCAGGAGCAGGACUACGGCAGGAUCUUCCUCUCCACAUACAGAACCUUCACGGGCAGCUCAGAGCUCAUAGAGCUGCUCUUCCACAGAGAAAAUGCUGCCUCAUAUCUGGACCACAGUGAAUGCUGCAGUAGCCCUCUGUUGGCCUUCGUCCAGACAUGGAUGGACGAGUACAGCGAGGACUUCAGGGAUCCUCCGCUGCACCCGGCACUCAGGCUGCUGUUGGAUCACCUGCGGAUCAGCGCUGCAGUUUACGGAAACAUGCGCAGCCAGCCCAACUUUAGCUCUCUGGCUGGGCAAGCUGAGGCACUGCUCAAGACGUUACAGAAAGAAGAAACGGAGACAAAUGUCAGUCCUUCCCAGGAAGAUCUGGAGCAAGAUGAGGAGGCUUCUGGUGAUGAGGAUUCAGGAUGUGAAAACUUUCUGGAUCAAGGUGGCAUCAUGGAUUUUUCAGCUGCUGCCGUUGCCGAACAGCUCACCCGAAUGGACUCUGCUCUGUUUGUCAAAGUGGUGCCAUACCAGUGUCUGGGCUGUGUGUGGUCGCAAAGAGACAAGAAAGAAAACAUGUCUCCCACCAUCCGAGCCACCGUUGCGCAGUUCAAUGCCAUUACCAACCAGGUCAUCAUGUCGCUGCUCUGCUCGCCGACAGACGCCAACUCCAGUCCCACUUCCUCCGGCCGGCCUCCCAGCACGCCGGCUCAAAGGGCCUGCAUCAUAGAGAAGUGGGUCAGAGUGGCAGAGGGUUGUCGGCGGUUGAAGAACUUCACCUCUCUCCGGGCGAUCCUGUCGGCCCUUCAGUCUAACGCUGUUUACAGACUGAGGAAGACCUGGGCUGCUGUUAGCAGGCAGAGCAUGGCCACGUUUGAUAACCUCUGGGAAACCUUCCCCGAUGAGAACUGUGUCCUGACCAACAGAGAGCUCCUGCUGGAGGACGGAGGCCCAGCGACCGUGGAUAACGUUUCUCCAAAGAUAUCCAAGCGGUGUCCGUUCCCCAGACAGAUGAGUACCUCCAGUGGCGUGGUUCCUUACCUGGGCACCUAUCUGACCGUCCUCACCAUGCUGGACACCGCUCUGCCAGACACUGUGGAGGGUGUGCUCAUAAACUUUGAGAAGAGGAGGAGGGAGUUUGAGGUUCUGUCCCAGAUCCGUACGCUGCAGGCGUCCUGUUCCCAGUACAACCUGCCCAAUCACCCCCGAAUCGCUGCCUGGCUGCACGGCCACAAGCUGCUCACUGACCAGGAGAGCUAUGAACUGUCGAGACAGCUGGAGCCUCCGGUGGACUCGUGUUCGCCGACUGCCUGGAGCCACCGCAAACUCACAAAGAAACUCUCCUCUCUCCUGACAGUGAGCGACGGAUCUAAAAAAGUCCCUGCUGACCAAAUCAGCGUUUCGUCUUCUGGGUCCAGUGGAUCUGAGAUAGAGGAUCCCUCCUCCCUGAACUCGGCCUGUUCCAUCCGACUGCAGUCCUUCCACAGCUCCUGCAACAACGUGUCCGAGGCCUUCUCUUCUUCCUCCUUGUCCUCCUCUUCCUGCUCCUCGGCGACUUUCUCUCCAGACUCUCCCCCUUCGUCCAGUUCCUCCUCUGACCGCCGGACGGAUCUCUGCUCUCCGACCGCGUCGGGGGCCGUGUCAGGCGCUGGCGCUCGGCCGAAGCCCUCUCUGGCUUCCCACCACAAGCGCUCGGUGUCCAUGACGUCACUGCCCGUUUAUAACCGGCAGGUGGGUGACUCGUGCGUGGUCAGGGUGAGCGUGGACCUGGGCCACCACAACGGCAACAUGUACAAAAGCAUCCUGUUGACCAGCCAGGACAAAACUGCACAGGUGAUUCAAAGGGCGUUGGAGAAGCAUCACCUCGAGCACAUGAACUGGCGAGACUUCAGCCUGACGCAGGUCAUCUCCCCAGAGAGAGAGCUGCUCAUACCAGACAAAGCCAACGUCUUCUACGCCAUGUCCACGACGGCAAACUUUGACUUUGUUUUACGGCAGUUCCCCGCAGGCCAGAAGAAACCGCUGAGGGCCACGUCUAGCCUCGGACGGUACACCAAGUAGCACCUCGAGUCUGCAGCUUCUGAACCAAACUUUUAUGUAGUAUUUUUACAUCGUUGCCUUCAUGAGGAAAGUAUGUUCUCCAAGAUGUUGUUUCGGAAACAAAAGGGGUAAAAUAUGUGACGUUUUUAUGGCAACUGACAAGAUGAUGCAAAAGCACUUUAUGACGGAGAAACUGAUGGAGCUUAAAGCUACAGCACGUAGUCCACAUGAUACAAGCCUU